AUGGUGAAAUGUAAGGGUUCUGAGCGAAACACGAAACUGGACGGCUCGCUGCGGCUAAGAGAAGCGACAACGAUUCAACUUUCACUGUCCGCGCUCUGCAACGUGAUCAGCUCCCUGGCUGAUGAGAGAUCUGUGCACAUCCCCUACCGGGACUCAAAGCUCACUCGACUUCUGCAACUUUCCCUCGGCGGACCCGCACGGACAGUUUUUCUUGCGAACAUUUGCCAAGAGGCGGCAUCCUUUGAUGAGUCACUGAGCACCCUGCGCUAUGCAAAUCGAGCAUCGAAGAUCAACAACGCCCCGCUGGCAAUGGUUGGCUACGUACCUUUGCAUUGA